UGCUGUUGCUGCUGCGCGAAGAUUUGCAUUAGCUCGACAAUCCAGCGAAUCCCAGUUCCUUCCGAUCCACGAUCCGUCUUUUUGCGGUAUCCCUAGCCAUUAUUUUAUUUACUAAAUGCCCAUAUCCCUCCGCAGGGUCAGAGAGUAUUUUGAAGAAAUUGUCAGAUGCUUUGCGCCGUAUUUUUGUCCUUAAUUCUGAUCGAUGCUAUUCUAUAUUUGCCGCACUCUCCAAACAUCACCUCCUCGGCGAGUCGUAGCGAUUGUAUAGGCUUUGAGUGCGGUACUUGUGGUAGGGGGGAGUUGGAUCUAUUUUUUGAGGAGCCUUGAGGGGAUGUGCUGCGGUGCCACUUAUCAUUAGAUAUGGCCACCGUUACAGAGUACACCGAAGCGUCAUUUUCAACUUAAUUUUGUGGUAUUUCAUGGUAAUUUCGCAGUACAGCCACUCCAGCCGGUGGAGUGUUGUUUUUGGAAGGCUAAUGUUUGUUUUGCAUGUGUUGGGAGACGGUUGUUCUUGCGUGGCAGGCUGGCUAAGAGAGUCUCUUAACUAGCCGCUUGGUCCCGCAGAUUGUCGCAGCUGAAGAAAAUAGAACCAGUUGCCAACCAAGCGGUCGGCACCCAGCGUUAGCUCUGCGCGUCGCUGUAACGUUACAUUCACUAAGGAUUCACAUAUAAAGUUUUAUUUACGGAGUGUCGACUGUUGCAACUGCCUGGAUUUGGCCUUGAUUCAUUUAUACGUUAAUGGUAAAAUUGUUGACGGUAGACUUGGGUGGCUAACACCAACUAGCUAUAUAACCCGAACUCGUGCGACGACAGCUGUCAUUGGAGAAAGGAAAGUGAUCCCCCAAAUGCGUCUACCAGUGAAGCUGUUUUCUGUUGGAUUUACAUCAUCUGUCUUUUCAUCAAAUGGGCAAAGUUGGGAAUAACAUUGCUACGUUGGAUUCUAAUGAUAUGCGUUAUGCAUUUUUGAGAACUGCGGUGUUGCUUCAUUGGAGAGAGGCUAGCUAGCUCGAUUAGCCCGCUAGCUAGCUGGGUGAUAAAAGUGCGACGUUUCAUCCCCCAGUAUUUUGGACAUGAAGAGGAUAAUUCGCUACUCAUAGGGCUGGAAGAAUGUCAUCAGAGGAUAAGACUGUGGAACCCUCUGACCAGGGACCCUCACCGCCCUCCAGCAGUGUAGGGACCUCAUCCACAGGAAGCCCUGCUCUCGCAGACAAGCGACCUCGUGGCAGGCCACGCAAGGAUGCCGCUGCCAUCCUACCCCAGGCACCACCAUCAUCCACAUCUAAGAACAGAAAGAAGGGUCGCACCAGAGGGAGGGUUGUUGUGGAUGAAGAGGACAGCAUGGAUGGGACUGAGAUAACAGAGUCCAUAGGCCCUCAGGACACAGAAACGCAAGUCCAGCCAGUGGAGGCCGUGGAAGUGGUUACCACUGAGGUGCCAGAGGAGGACAAGUCCUUUUCCCCUCUGGCCCAGAGCUCUCCAGCUGAGAAUUCAGCAGGACCGUCUGUCCCAGCAAGCAGAGAGGUUAAAAGUGAUCGUCUUUGUGCCUUCUGUUACUGUGGUGGCCGUAGCCUGCUGGGUCAGGGGGAUCUGCAGCUAUUCAGCAUCACAUCUCUGCUUGAUUCACUCCUCAGCCACAAAGGUGGAGGUGGCUCGACGAGCGAUACCAGUGAUGGUGAUAAAACCACUCAGCCAAAAAUGGCCGAAGAGACCACCUCAGGACAGAGGGAAAAGAAGAUUGGGUCUGAAAGCAGCGAGGCAGAACCAGACCCAGCCACUCGAUUUUGGGAUGAGCUUUCUCAUGUCGGCCUUCCACAAGAUCUCAACGUCCAGUCUCUCUUUGAGUCAGGGCAAUGCUGGGCACAUCAGAGUUGUGCCUUGUGGUCCGAAGGUGUUUGUGAGGGCGAGGGACAAUCUCUGCUUAAUGUGGACAGAGCCAUUGACUCAGGGAGCACAAAGCACUGUGCAUACUGUAAGCGCCUUGGAGCAUCCAUUAAGUGCUGUGCUGAAGGAUGUGCUCAGCUCUACCAUUACCCUUGUGCAGGGGCGGCUGGGACAUUUCAGGAUUUCAGGAGUCUCUCACUCCUUUGCCCAGAACACAUUGAUUUGGCCAUUCAAAAAUUUGUAGAUGAUGUAAAUUGCGUGCUAUGUGAUAGCCCAGGGGAAUUACAAGACCAGCUCUUUUGCACCAGUUGUGGUCUGCAUUACCAUGGGAUGUGCCUGGAUAUGGUCGUGACCCCUCUAAGGAGGGCAGGGUGGCAAUGCCCUGAGUGCAAAGUCUGCCAGACAUGCAAGAACCCAGGAGAGGACACUAAAAUGCUGGUUUGUGACAUGUGUGACAAAGGCUACCACACCUUCUGUCUGCAGCCUGCCAUGGACUCUCUUCCCACCAACGGAUGGAGGUGUAAGAACUGCAGAGUGUGCAUCCAGUGUGGGACACGAACCAGUGGGCAAUGGCACCACACUAGCCUGCUGUGUGAGAACUGCGUCCAAAACCAGGAUCCAGCUCUGUGCUGUCCUAUGUGUGCCUGCAUUCUGGACCCUGAGCGUCACAAAGACUUGCUCUUGUGCCAGACUUGUAAAAGAUGGCUACACCUGGAGUGUGAGCGUCAGAACUCAGGCCAAGCAGAAAUCCACCCCAGAGAGGACUAUGUUUGUUCCAACUGCAGGUCUCCUGCUGCAGAGCAGGCGCUACAGGGAGAGGAUAUGGACAUCGGCCCAGAGCUCAGCCCUCAGCCAGCCUCGAUGCACACAGACUCUGAGACUGGCCUACAGCUGGCUCAAAAGCACACGGACCUAGAACCUGGCACUCAGCUGCCUCCUGAAAUGCACAAUGACCCCAAACCGGAAUUACUUGCUGUUUCAUUGCGCUCAGAUUCAGAGCCUGUUCAGGCUACCGUCCAGGAAGAGAAGCUGGCCACGUCAUCCCAGCCUGAAGUCUCUGUGGAAGCAGGUGUUGUCGGGAAGCAGGUUACUGAAUUGUCUGUCAACAAAAUCCUGACAGAAUUUAAACAAGAGUCAAAACCAGCAGCAAGAACCCAGCUCGCACCUACUGAGAGUCCUUCAUCUUCAGCAACUCCCAGUCAGAAUCCAGAGUGUUUCUCAGCUCAGCUAUCUAUCGAGGCACUGCAGACACAGGAUACCACAUUACAAAUGAAGCCAGCAAAGACAGAGGCAUGCCAUGAGCAGGGCAUGGUCAACCCCAGCACAAAGGAUUUUAAGGCCAUUAUCUCAACCACCAAAGAACCAAGUACUGCAUCAGUACCUUUGACGGACCAACCAAUGGAAGUCUCUCUACCCAAGCCUUCAAAUGUGGAUGAAGUUAAGUCUUCUUUUCUGGAAACUGCUCCAAAAGAAAUGAAAAAGGACAGGGUGGAGGGUAUAUUUCACAGGAACUUGGCAGAGACUGUUAAGCCUUCAGCCUCUAGUACAGUAGAGGAGAUGGACACUACACCAGAGAGCAAGACUAAUCUGUCAUUUCCAAGCCUUUCUUUAGAGGAGAAUUCUCUCAAGACAUCUGUGGAAAGGUUGGCUGAGAUGGUUACCUCUUCUUCCCACUCCUCACCUCUGGCUCGGGGGACAUCUCCAAGAGAACCUCACCAGACCCAGAUCCUACCGUCACUGGUAGACCGCAGCAGUAUAAUACCCACAACUACACUUAUACCACUCACCCCUAAGAUUGGAAUGGGAAAGCCAGCUAUCACCAAGAGGAAGUUUUCUCCAGGAAGACCACGAGUGAAACAGGGUGCAUGGAGCCCCCAUAGCAGUGUGAGCUCCCCCUUGUCCUGGUCACCAGACCAGCCAGAGGGGUGGGACUUCCCAAAGACCAGGCAGUCCUCUGGCAGUCCAGGCUGGAGCAUCAGAGUGGGUCGAGGCUCAGGCUUCCCAGGAAGGAGGAGGCCCAGAGGUGCUGGUCUCUCAGGUCGAGCUGGACGUGGCAGGGCCAGAGGCAAGAAUGGAGCAAGUCCCUGCAUCAUUCCUGGGAUCACCACAAUAGAAACGCCAUACCCUGUCAAGGAGGAGGAGGAGAAUGCCAUGCAUAAUACUGUGGUCAUAUUCUCCAGUAAUGACAGUUUCACACUAAAACAGGAUAUGUGUGUGGUUUGCGGGAGUUUUGGUCUUGGUGCAGAAGGUCGUCUUUUGGCCUGUGCUCAGUGUGGCCAGUGUUACCAUCCAUUCUGUGUCGGCAUAAAGAUCACCAAAGUGGUGUUAAGUAAAGGCUGGCGCUGUCUGGAGUGCACAGUGUGUGAGGCCUGUGGCCAGGCCACAGACCCGGGUCGUUUACUGUUAUGUGAUGACUGUGACAUCAGCUAUCACACCUACUGCCUGGACCCUCCACUGCAGAACGUACCCAAGGACAGUUGGAAGUGCAAAUGGUGUGUGUCCUGUACCCAGUGUGGCGCAACCACUCCAGGCUUAAGGUGUGAGUGGCAGAAUAAUUACACUCAAUGUGCCCCCUGUGCCAGCCUUUCAGUAUGUCCCAUCUGCCUGUUGGACUACAGUGAAGGCACCAUCAUUGUGCAGUGUCGACAAUGUGACAGAUGGUUUCAUGCCUCUUGUCAGAGUCUCCAUUCAGAGGAAGAUGUAGAAAAAGCUGCAGACAGCAGCUUUGACUGUACAAUGUGCAGAGCUUUUAAGACCACUAAAGUUGUGACCAAGGCCAGAGACGCCAUUGAGCCUGUAAUGAUGACGCAAAUUGUCACAAAGGCAAAAGAAAUAGAUCUCUCAAGGACCUAUACCCAGGAUGGUGUGUGCUUGACAGAGUCAGGGCUUUGCCAGCUCCAGAGCCUGUCUGCCACUGCAUCACGACGCAGGAAGCCCAAACCGAAGCUGAAGCUGAAGAUCAUAAACCAGAACAGUGUGGCAGUGCUUCAGGCACCUCUGGACCCUCUAUCAGAGCACUCUCGAGAUGAAGACAUGGAGGAUAACAGAGAGGCAGAGCUCCUAGAUUGUGAAGGGAAGUCUGACUCAAGCCUGGAGCGAGAGCCAGCAGAAGAUGACUCCAAGGGGCCCGACGGCGGCAAGAAGAGGAAGAGGAAACCGUACCGGCCGGGUAUUGGUGGGUUCAUGGUCCGGCAAAGGAGCCGUCCUGGACAAGGUCCAGGCAAAGCCAAACGUUCCCUCUGCAGAAAGGACUCCUCUGGCUCUGUGUCAGAAAACCCCCUUGGAAAAGAUGAGGGAUGGACAGAGGCGCUGCCUGAUACCCCUGUGGAUGAGAUACCACCUGGACCAGAGGUUCCAGAAAAAAUAAAGAAGCGUUACAGAAAGAAGAAAACCAAGCUGGAGGAGGCUUUUCCAACCUACUUGCAGGAGGCGUUCUUUGGAAAGGACCUAUUGGACAAGAGCAAGCAGAGCAGACAGCAGGGGGUGGAAUCAGGUUUGCUGGAAGAAGGUCAGAGCCAUGUGGAAAGAAAGCACCCUACCACCACUUUCCUGGGCCCUUCAUCAGCCCCGCUGCUUAAUGCCUCAACAUCACUUCCUAACAGACCAGCAGCACAGACGUCUGAGGAACCAUUAGUUGAUCUAUCUGAUGUUCUGAACACUGAUGCAGACAUCUUGGGAAUGCUCGGAAAGCCAAGCAGUGACUCUGGUCUUGAUUUUUGCCCCUUCCAGGUUGACAGCUCACCUCCUCCUUUUGCUGGUCUGGACAUUGGGCCCCUGGCAGGCAGCUCCCCAGUUGCGGCCCAGUCUCAGGCAGGCCGGAGGACACCUCGAACUCUCUCAGAGGAACCCUUGGACGGCAUUCUCAGCCCAGAACUAGACAAGAUGGUCACGGAUGAAUCAAUUCUCAGCAAACUUUACAAAAUUCCAGAGCUGGAAGGCAAAGACGUUGAGGAUCUUUUCACAGCAGUUCUUAGCCCCAGCACGAGCCAACCACCUCCACCACAGGUGCCUCACCCCCAGGGUCCAGGGCCCCUCCCUGCCACAGCUGGGCUUAACAUGCCUCACCCCAACACAGGGUUUCCUCGGAUACCGGUGAUCAAUGGCAUGAUGGGACCAAACCAACGUUUCCCUGCAAAUCCAGCAGCAGGGCCCUGCCUACCUGAAAGUUUCCCCUCCCUCAAUCGAAUGCCUUUUACUGACAAUCCAAGAGAAAGGAAGUUCAAUCAAACACCUAGAGAAGCAGUUGGUUCAUGGGCCUACCCUGGCCAUGGACUCCCCUGCUCUGGUCCUACACCUCCUGGUUCGUUGCCUGAGGGGGAGACUGAAGCCAUGUCGAAUGCCCAAAGGAGUACACUUAAAUGGGAGAAGGAAGAAACGCUUGGAGAGCUAGCAACUGUCGCACCUGUCCUAUAUACCAAUGUCAAUUUUCCCAACCUCAAAGAAGAAUACCCAGACUGGUCUACACGAGUAAAACAAAUUGCAAAACUUUGGAGGAAAGCUAGUUCACAAGACAGGGCCCCAUAUGUGCAAAAGGCAAGAGAUAACCGAGCAGCCCUGCGAAUCAACAAAGUCCAGAUGUCGAAUGAGACGGUGAAGAGGCACCAUCCACAGCAACAGCCUCCUGAGGUGUUUGAUCCCAACAUACCACUAGACACAGAACUGCUGUUUAAAGACCCUUUGAAACCAAAAGAGUCAGAGCAUGAACAAGAGUGGAAGUUUAGACAGCAAAUGCGGCAGAAAAGCAAACAACAAGCCAAAAUUGAAGCCACUCAGAAACUGGAGCAGGUUAAGAAUGAGCAACUCCAACAGCAGCAACAACAGCAACAGCAACAGAAUAACAGCCAGUCAGAGGGAGAUGGCAACAACAGUGGCAACCAGAGCCCAGCCUCCCAGCCAAGCAAUGGCAGCAUGUCUCCAAUGCAACAGCUCAGUUCUAAGGAGGGCUUUGUCAGGCCACAGCUGCCAGGGACCCCUACCUCAGGUCCUCCAGAGGAUGUGUUCUUACGACCCCCUCCUCCACCUCCAUCCGGACCUUCCUCCCAGCCUCAGUCCCCUCAAGUCUUCUCACCAGGCUCCUCUGGUUCUAGACCUUCUUCUCCCUGGGACCCAUAUGCAAAGAUGGUUGGAACACCAAGACCGCCAACACUCGGGCCAAAUACCUGUCGCAGAAUCCCUGUGGAAUCUGGUAAAUCUCCCACCUCCCUGAUGGAACAGCAAGACAGAGGGAGGCCUUCUCCAGCUCAUGAGUCUUUUGGCUCUCCAACAUCUAUGAGCAGUGACCCUUAUGCCAAACCUCCUGACACCCCAAGGCCAAGUGGUGAAAUGGACCCUUUCCUGAAGCCCAUGGGCCCCCCCAGGGCUAGCCAGUCCGCACAGGGACGCCCCCCAAUGGGUUCUCCUGGGAGAGACCCAUAUUCAAGGCCCAUGAUAAGGAAUGAAGCCUAUCAGCGUAUGGCUCAAAACAGGAUGAUCCUGUCUGACCCUUACUCAAGACCUUUAUUAACACCAAUUCCUGGAAGUAAUGAGUCUGGCUCGGUUUCUCUGUUCAAAACACCAAUGCCCCCUCCUCAGGCUCAGGAUCCCUUCAAUCGCCCAGGUCCACAUCCUGCUGACAGGUUCUCCCAGAAUCAGCAGAAUGACCCCUAUGCUCAGCCUCCACACACACCAAGGCCGUCAGGGAAUGACAACUUCACCAGUCCUCCUAGAAUGGGUCAGCAUCACCCUCAGGCACAUUCAUUUGCUCAGCCAGGACCAAUGAAUCAAAUGUCUAGAAAUCCUUAUGCUCAUGCACCUUCCACCCCAAGACCUGACCAUUAUACAUAUGACCCUUUUGCCCAGCAGUCUGGUCCCAACAGACCAUCUAAUGACCCUUUUUCUCAGCCUUCAAGUACCUCUCGACCAACAAAUGAACCUGGUGCUCAACCUCGGCCAUUCUUUGAGCCCUACGCUCGACCUCCUGGUACCCCACGUCCACAUGACAACUAUGGUCAGCCAUCAAACACCCCUAGUCCAUCCUCUGACCCUUAUUCACAGGCUCCUGCUACUCCCCGCCCCAGUGGGAUGAACCAGUUCACUCAUCAGUCACACUCUACACAGCGGAUGUCACCAUCACACUCAGGGGACCCUUAUGCCCAGCCACCAGGUACUCCACGGCCAUCUGUGGGGGAGAGGUUUUCCAAGUCACCAGGUAGCCAGAGGGGUCCAAUGGAGCCAUUUACGAGUACACCUGGGAUAUCGAGGACGGGAAGUAAUGACAUGUUUUCACAGCCUGGGGUCCCCAGACCAAUGCUGAAUGACCCAUAUGCUCAGCCUCCAGGGACUCCACGGCCAACUCCUGAUGGGCUCAACAGACCAGGGCCAAGGCCCGGACCAAUGGGAGGCCAGGACCCUUUCUCCCCUCCUCCAGGGAGGCUUCAAGAACCUUUUACUCAUCCAGGUUCACAAACACCAAAACAUCCUAGUGUCUCUGAGGAUGGAUUUACUCAGUCACCCUCGAGACGAACCAGUCAGACACCUGGUCAUGACCCCUUUGAACAAACAUCUUCUCACCAACAAUCAACAGAAAAAGUAGAAAUGAAAGAUCCCUCAUGUGUGGGUAACAGUGGAACAGCAAUACAAGACCCAGGACAACUGGCUAACAACCCACAGAUGCCCUCUGUAUCUUCAGAGACACAGGGCGUUCAUCUUGCUGAGAGUGAGGAGAGACUCAGACAGCGACAACGAAUAAGAGAACUCAUCCUCAAGCAGCAGCAACAGAGAAGUGCCAUUCGACAGGAGAGGGGCCCUCAGGAACCUCCUGGUAACAUAGCCCCAGGGACACCACGACCCUGGCCCCAGGAAGGCCACGGGCAACCAGGCGAAAUGUUCAAUCGGCCUCCUCCACCUUAUCCUGGUCAAGGACCCAUGAGAGGGCCAAUGCGGUUCCCUGGACCCUUUCCAGUAGAUCAGCGUGUCCCUUUCGCUCCUGAGGGACAAAUCCCUCAUGGUCCACAUCCUGGAGAUCCUAAUUUGAGACAUCAAGGACCAAGGUUUGUGUUUCCACCUGGUGUUGUUGGACCUCAUGGAGCCCAGGAGUUCUUUCCCCGAGGGCAGCACCCAAUGCAGGAUGUCCCUCCGCAAAUGAGACGAUCCAUGUCUGCAGAAAUGGCAAAGAGUAUGGGUGGUAACCCUAAUGGGCUACCCCAGCACUUUCCACCACGGGGUAUGCCAGUGCAACAGCACAACAUUAUGGGCCAGCCUUUCAUUGAACUACGACACAGAGCUGCAGAAAACAGGCCACGUAUGCCGUUUCCUCCUGGUGCCAUGCAGGGAAGCAAUAUGGAUCCCAACCUGCAGACUCAAAGACCACAAGGCUUUCCAGCAGCACCUGACGCCAGGUUCCCAUUAAAUCAGGGUCCCAGAGCUGCAGACCCCUUGUCUAGCCAGGCUGGCCAUGUACAGCUUUCUGCAAGCAUGGAGAAUCUCCAUCAGCAAACGCAAAUGUCAGGACACAACAUACUUAAACAGUCUCCACUGAUGAGAUCCAUGAGCCAGCCUGCUUCAAGUGAGACUCAGAACAUGGCAGCAUCUAUGAUCCUGACAGCACCCCCUGCUGGGCAGGCUGAGACCACAUCUGUGGCCAACAAUGAGGCUGUGGAAGAGAAACUGGAUGCAGAAGAAUCAGCAGUCAAAGAUCUUGAGGAUGUCGAAGUGAAAGAUUUGGUGGAUGCUGACUUGGAAAACCUGAAUUUGGAUGCUGAAGAUGGCAAAGACCUGGAUCUAGAAACAAAUGAUCUACACCUUGAUGACUUCCUUGGGGUGUCUGGCAAAUUUGAUAUUAUUGCUUACACAGACCCUGACCUUGACGACAUCAAGAAAGACAUGUUCAGUGAAGAACUGGAUCUUAGUGAUCCCAUGGAUGACAAUUCUGACACUACAGACGUCAAUAAAAACUCAAGCUCUAGUGGACCUGAGGCUUCAUCAAGUUCAACAUCUAUUCAAGCAAAAUCAGAUGCCACGGGUGAGCAGUCUUCAGGUGAAAUCAAGCUAGAAGCCCCCGGGAAUCAGGACUCUGCUUCUUUAGCACCUCAGCAGGAAAUUAAAACAGAGGUCAAAGACUGUCAGAAGCACCCCGAGGUAGUAGACCAGCAAGCUGUUAGUAACACCUUAACCUCGACCCAGCAGGGAGUGCUCCCUGACUCCACCCCGGUCCUGUCUGGUUUACUCAUUAAGCAGCAGCCUGAGGAGCAGUCAUUAAAUCCAAUGGUUGAAUCUGUCAAUCAAGCCAGUAACCUCAUGCCCCAGCAGAGCCAAGUCACUGACAUUAAGCAUGCCGCUGAACUUAACAUGAGUCAAGCAAUACCUGAUGCUACCACUGCAGGAGAAACUUGUAUGGGUGGCUUUGGGACAGACCACCAGGCGGGGCUAUCUUCUGGUAUCGACCAGACCAGUUUGAGCCAGGCUCAGCAGACUGCAUUGAACACUGCAAUAAGUCAGCACAACCAGCAACACCGUCCUCUUCUGCUGGAAGAACAGCCAUUGCUCUUGCAGGACCUCCUCGACCAGGAGAGACAAGAACAACAGCAACAGAGACAAAUGCAAGCCAUGAUACGACAGCGCUCCAGUGACUCCUUCUUUCCAAACAUUGAUUUUGAUUCCAUCACUGACCCAAUCAUGAAAGCAAAGAUGGUUGCUCUGAAGGGAAUCAACAAAGUCAUGGUUCAGAAUAGCAUGGGUAUGCCACCAAUGGUCAUGAACAGAUUUCCCCCUGGCCCUACACCACCUUGUCCUGAAAGCACUCCACUUCCUCCCCAGGUUGUUGGACAGGAUGGCAAAUUGACCCAAGUAGCAAGACCAAAUCCUCCAAACUUUGGACCAGGUUUUGUCAACAAUGCUCAGAGGGCUCAAUAUGAGGAGUGGCUCCAGGAGACACAGCAACUACUUCAAAUGCAGCAGAAGUUUCUGGAAGAGAAGAUCGGAGCUCACAGGAAGUCUAAGAAGGCUCUGUCUGCCAAGCAGAGAACAGCUAAAAAAGCAGGGAGAGAGUUCCCUGAGGAAGAUGCUGAGCAGCUCAAACAUGUCACAGAGCAGCAGGGUGUAGUGCAGAAACAGCUGGAGCAGAUUCGUAAGCAGCAGAAGGAGCAUGCUGAGCUCAUAGAAGAAUACAGAGUUAAACAGCAGCAGAACAAUAUGACACCUCUAAUGCCUGGAAUGCACCCGGUUCCAGGUCCUGCUGGCAUGGUCCCCAGUGGACCACCAAUGGUCCAACCUCCUAUGAACCCCAUGAUGCAGAUGCCACUUCAUCCUGGCCAGCAGAAUGCACCUCCACGUAUGCCCAAUCCACCUCCUGGAUGGCAUCCUGGUGCUCCUAUGCCUAUGGGCGGACCGGGAAUGCCACCUCUAAUGCCCCCUCAGGUACCUGUGGGAAACCCAGGUCAGCCUCAUCAGAUGCAAAUGGGUCCGCUACCUCAGCAUUCACAAAUGCCCAUGGAGCCACAAGCACCACCAGCUCCACCAGGUGGGGUAAAACCCAUGCCAACAGGUGGUGUGAAGUUUGAUGACAACAAUCCCUUUAGCGAGGGCUUCCAGGAGCGUGAGCGUAGGGAGAGGCUCAGGGAGCAGCAGGAGAGACAGCGGGUGCAGCUCAUGCAGGAAGUUGAACGGCAGAGAGCUUUGAAACACCGUAUGGAAAUGGAGCAGCAAGGUAUGAUGGGGCAAGAGGGGAACAUGGCACCACUGGCGCAGAUGCCAUUUUUCAACACGGAGCUGCCGCAGGAUUUCAUGCAGCCGCAAAGGCCUCCUUUACAACAUCAGCAACAGGCGGUGUUUCCCCAGCAGCAGGGUAUGCAACCAGGUAUGGGGUCACCAUCUGGGACAUUCAUGCAAGGGGAAAGGAGGGGCAUGAUGGGCAAUGGUAUGAUGCCUCCAGAUAUAGGGCCUGAUAAUCUUCCUCUACAAGGCCCUAACUUUCCUCAGGGACAGCCACGACCCCGUCAGUUCAGUGGACCAGGAAUAAUGUUGCACAUGCCAGGUGAGGGUCCACCAUUUGGUGGUGACACAGCGACUCCGCUGCCUUCCAACUUCCCAGGGUCAGGCCAGUCUCUAAUCCAACUCUACUCCAACAUUAUCCCAGAUGAGAAAGGGAAAAAGAAGAGGAGUCGCAAAAAGAAGAAGGAUGAAGAUGCAGACUCAGUGAAGACUCCCUCAACUCCUCACUCUGACCUAACAGCUCCACUCACACCCUGUGUAUCAGACACCUCUUCAACUCCCACCAGAAAUCCCCAUAUUUUUGGAGACCAAGACUUGUCAAGGUCCCCCUUACUGGGCUCCUCCACCCCUAGUCACUCAGAACUAGAGAGGCAGCUUUCUGGAGGGCAGCCUGGACAACCAAGUCUCUCCUCAGAUACAACAAGGAUACAGGCUCAGGAACAUGACCGGAUCCUCAGCAACAUUAAGCUGGAGCAGACUGAUGCCAGUGAGUGUCGUGGGCCAAGGGAAGGGUCCAUCAGCUCAGAAAUGAGCUCUGUGAAGCAAGAAGGAGGGAAAGGCAGCACAUCUCCCUUUGCUGCUGGGCAAAGUCCCAACAAGGGUGAAGCUGGUAAUGAACUACUGAAACAUCUUCUGAAGAACAAGAGUACACCUCCACCUGGACUACCCCAGCAGAGGUCAGAGGAGAGCCUGCGCUCAGAGGAGGAGGAGUCCACAGACUGCAAAACCCUCCUCAGGCAAAGCUCCAUGGACAGCAAUGGGGUAUACUCAGAUGGCGUUCCUGAAUUCCCAGGACCUUUACUUCCUGAACAAGAGAAAAAGAGAGGGAGGAACAAAAGGGCUCCAAAAGGAGGGGAGAAGCCUGCCUCUCGCUACAAGAGGAGGAAGAAGGAAGGGGAUGAGAGACAGCUGAUGCACUCUGGCCCUGAUACUGUGAUGACCCAAAUCAAACAGCAGUUGUCCCUGCUGCCACUGAUGGAGCCACUGAUUGGGGUCAACUUUGCCCAUUUUGCUCCUUAUGGAAGCGGCCAACUCAAUGGGGAAAAUCUCUUGUCUGGUACCUUCGGCAGUGCCUCCCUCGAUGGAGUGUCUGACUAUUACUCCCAACUGGCCUACAAGCAGAGUAACCUGAGCAAUCCACCAACACCGCCGGCAUCUCUUCCUCCCACACCACCACCUGUAAACCGUCAGAAAAUGAUCAAUGGUUUUGCCACAACAGAAGAGCUGGCAAGCAAAGCUGCUGCUAUGGUAUCCAAAGGACUGGUUCCAAAACCGCUGCAUGUUCCAUUUAGGACAGAGGAAGAUCUGCUUGCCCGGGCCAUUGCUCAGGGACCUAAAACUGUGGAUGUUCCAGCUUCUCUGCCCACCCCACCCCACAACAACCAGGAGGAGCUCAGUAAUAGAGGACAGGAGCCUUGCAAGGACAGGGACACACCUGAUAGUUUUGUUCCAUCUUCAUCUCCUGAGAGUGUUGUUGGCAUGGAGAUCAGUCGUUAUCCAGACUUGUCCCUGGUGAAGGAGGAACCACUGUCCCCUUGCCUGUCUCCCGUCCUCCCCAUGCUUCCUGCACCUGAUGGGAAAGGGUCAGAGAUCAAACUGCAAGAUAUAAAGACCGAACCUUCUUCAAUGUUCUUUGGCUCCCCCUUUGGCCCCCUGGCUAAUGAUUCCAAACAAGGACUGGUUUCUGUGGCCAUCACACUGAGACCAGCUGCAGCUGAGAACAUUACUGGCGUAGUGGCAGCCAUUUCAGACCUCCUGUGUGUGAAGAUCCCCAGCAGCUAUGAGGUCAGCAGCACCCCAGACAGGGGGCCCGGGUCAAUGCUCAGUGGUUCGAGGGUGGGCCCCAACACCAUGGAUCCCCGUGCUCCCAUGCUCUUUCACUCGCAAGGAGACAAUGGGUGGCUUCAUGGACGACCAGGACCGAUGAUCAGGCCCAGCGGAGCACCAGGGAUGAUGCAACAGCAGCAAGCACAUCAUUUCCGUUUCCAUCCCAACAGCCCAGGUGCAGCUGUAGUAAGAGCUCAUGAGCAGAAGACCCCCGGUAGCCCUGGAUCCAAGCCUCAGUGGUGCUGCAACUGUAAGGUGGUGGUUCUGGGAAAUGGAGUGCAGAAAUCUGUCAGAGAUCUCCCUGCCCACAUGAAGGAAUCUGAAGGCCGUUGGAAAGCUGAAGAAGACCUGGUUUUCUGCAGUCACAGCUGCUUCCUUCUCUAUUGUUCAUCACCACUGCAAUCUAGAUCAACCACAGAAACCAAGGAAGCAGUGAACCUUCUUCGUGACUCUCAGCAGACAGAAAUCCUCUUUAAAGCCCAGCACCAGUACAGUAACAACAUGUCCUCACUGGAUGUCCAUUGCCUGGCUCAACUUCAACCCAAGCAGUCUCCCCCGUCCACGCCUCCUAUUCCUUUCCCUACAGCAGGUGGGACACCCAAAAUGGAAACAAAAUCUGACGCCAUCAAAGUGACAGUGAAGCUGAAGGCCAGGCCAAGGUCCCACGAUGGCUGGCACCAGGGAAAGAGACAGAAAGGACUCCGCUGGAGGAAAUGGACUGUUCAAGUGGUGGUGCCAAGAGGGAACUCCCAGCUGCCAGAUGAGGACAAGAUUGAUGACCUCUUGAAGAAACUGGGGGCGUCCUUGCGCCCCCCAUCUUUGCUGCGGGAUCAGAGACGAUGCUGUUUCUGCCACCAGUUUGGAGAUGGGAUCACUGAUGGUCCUGCUAGGCUGCUUAACCUAGAUCUUGAUGUGUGGGUUCACUUAAACUGCGCCCUGUGGUCGACUGAGGUGUAUGAGACGCAGGCUGGUGCCCUCAUAAACGUGGAGCUUGCGCUGCGUCGUGGUCAAACAGUGCGUUGUGCCUACUGCCAACAGACUGGAGCGACCAGUGGCUGUCACCGCCUCCGCUGUACCAAUGUCUACCACUUCACCUGUGCUCUGCAAGCUCAGUGCACCUUCUUCAAGGACAAAACCAUGCUAUGUCACGCUCACCGGCCCAGAGGCACAGCCGGACAGGCUCUAGAACACGAGUUGCGUUGCUUCGCUGUUUUUCGCCGUGUCUACGUCCAAAGAGAUGAAGUGCGCCAGAUAGCCACUGCUGUGCAGCAGCCUGAAUUAGGCUACACCUUCCGAGUUGGCAGCCUUGUUUUGCACGCCAUGGGCCAGCUAACUCCUUUACAAAUGGCAGCCUUCCAUUCACCAACAGCCAUAUUUCCAGUCGGCUAUGAGGCUUGCCGUAUUUACUGGAGCAUGCGCCAUGGCAACCGCCGUUGCCGUUAUGUCUGUUCCGUUGAGGACAGAGAGGGGCUGCCAGAGUUCAACAUCAGAGUCAUCGAACAGGGCUACCAAGAUCUGGUCCUAACAGACACCACUGCUAAAGGAGUGUGGGAUAAGGUUCUGGGUCCUGUAGCUGAGAAAAGAACUGAAUCAGGCACUCUGAAGCUCUUCCCAGUUUAUCUGAAAGGGGAAGACCUGUUUGGUCUCACAGUCUCUGCAGUUGCUAAGAUCGUUGAAUCGCUCCCAGGAGUGGAGGCCUGUGAUAGGUACUCUUUCCGUUAUGGACGCAACCCUCUUGUGGAGUUACCUCUCUUGUUCAAUCCAGCUGGCAGUGCACGUGCUCAGCCCAAAACCAGCUCUCCCUACACUUCACUGGUUAUAAGGCCGCAGCCACAGGUUGUGUCUAACAGCAGUGCCAGAUCUAACCAGAAUGUAGCCCAAGGAGAAGGCGGCACGUCUCAUGGCAAGCCUCCAGUAGUGCAUCCCAGGUCUUCUCAGUACCGCUGGAUGAAGAGUGAGUGGAGAGCCAAUGUCUACCUGGCCCGCUCUCGCAUCCAGGGCCUGGGGCUGUUUGCUGCACGGGAUAUUGAAAAACAAACUAUGGUGAUUGAGUACAACGGAACCAUCAUGCGUAAUGAGGUUGCUGUCAGGAAGGAGAAGACUUAUAGAUCUCAGAACCGAGCAGUGUUUAUGUUCCGCAUCGACAGCCAGCAUAUUGUUGAUGCCACCUUAACUGGAGGGCUUGCAAGAUAUAUCAACCACUCUUGUGCUCCAAACUGUGUUGCUGAGGUGGUGACAUUUGAAAGGGGCUACAAAAUCAUCAUUAGUUGCAUUCGCAGAAUCGAAAAGGGAGAAGAGCUGUGCUUCGACUACCAGUUUGACACUGUGGAGGCUCAACAUAAGAUUGCUUGCCACUGUGGAGCUCCUGAAUGCAGGAAAUGGAUUAACUGAGCAAACGACAAACCUAAAUGCAUUCCUUGCGAUAGUGUGUGGACGGCGUUACUUCUUCACAGAGGAAAAAAUGCUUCACACUAAUGUCAUUUCAUGAAUGAGCAGAAGGCCUGAGCCCUAGGAGAGAUGAAUUCAGUUGUGUCAUGUUCAUCAAGAUUGUGGGAAAAACAAGGUGGAGGAAGGGAAAAGUAACACAGUAGCAGGUUGUGACUUGUGCCAUAUAUGAGAGGCUCUGUUGUAUUAGAUGCCUCUGUCUGUUUGUGUGCUUGUUUGAUGUACACGGGGUGAGGAAUCCACCAGCGAAUGAGAAAGCACUGUGCAGGGUGCGGCCUUAUUGCUUACUAAGGGCAGGCCCUUUUGUUUCAUACUGUUAAUGUAUACCGUAUGACUAAAUGUAGACAUCACUGAAUGAGGAAUGUACAGCAAUGAAUACCGCGAAGGGAAUAUUAACUUGCACUAAAGAAAAAAAAAAAACAAAAACAAAAAAAUACACACACACACAAAAACUUUUAAAAUACUUGAUUCCAUGAGUCAGUUUUAUCAUAGGUCUCUGUCAUGUGAUUUGUGUGGAAUUCGAGAGGUUUUGUAUUUAUUACUGAGUGAAUGAAUUUUAUUCUCAAAAUGAUGAGAUUGAGUUAAAGAAGGCUAGAUUGCUAUUGUUUUUGAAGAUUGAAGAAGACAUGCUGUUACUUUUGUAUAAAUGUACAUAAAGAAAACUAUAGGAAUAACCGACCAAAUACUACCUUAACCUUCUUGAUGUUUGGGUGUUUUUAAAUUGUUGUUUUGUUUGUCAUUGAAAUUUAUUUAAGAUGGACGUUAUUUCAGUUUGAGAGUAUAUAUUAUGAUUAUUCUGUACAGAAUUUGUAAUAUAACCACAAUAACUCACAAAAUAUUUUUGUUGUAUUAAAAGUAAGGUAUUGUAGCGUAGUGUUUUGUGACUUACACAUACUUUGACCACUCAAAAAAGAAAUAUUUUUGUUGACUAACGUAACAAGUUAUCAGUUACAGAAUCAAAAAGGAAAAAAAAAAAAAAACCUCUCAGAUGAGAUCAUUCUGAUCUGUUUGCUGUUAAUCAGGUUUGAUUUUAAACUGUGAAUUAGAUUUUGAAACCCAAAAGCAACUUUUUAACUUUUUAACACAAGUAGGUUCACCAACAUGUAUUUACCUGUUUAUGUUUUUACGUUGCUUUUAAAUAAAGGUGCAAACGUCUAAUGGCAUUGUAAGUUAGACGAACCAGUGCGUGACAGAAAGAAUCGUAUGGGGAACUAUUAUUUGGAACUGAGGAUUGUUCUACCUUUUGGACAGAAAUGGCAUUCUCCUUAAUCAGAAAUAUUUCUUAUACUGACACUUCACAAGUCACAGGCUUAGAAAUGGAAGAGUUUUUGCGUGCACAAUUUCAAGUUGACUGUAAAAUUUUGGAGACAGUCUUAGAACUUGUAAUGUAUAUGGCAUGUAUUUUUUUAACUUUCCGAAGACUCAAUUGUAUAUAUUUUCUCAAUGAAUGGUUGUAACAAAAUUGUUUCUUGGAUAUUUUUCUUCUCUUGUAUAUUACAUCAUCCUGCCAGUGUGUUUGUGCUACAUUUUCUUGGUCGUGUAAAGUAGUUUUCUUUCAUUUCCCCCCUCUUUUUCCCUUUUUUUUUUCUUUUUGUUUGUUUUUUUUGUUUUUGUUUUUUUGAAAAUGCCUUUUGAAGUGUACAGAGUAUGAGGUUUGGAGUUUGUGGAAUUGAGUUUAGAAACAUUUACAAAAAUAAACUAUUUUACAUGUUAA